AGCUUUUGAAAGUUCAGCUCGCGUGAGAGAAGGGAGGACCAUGAUCGAUCGGAGGGUGCAGUAUAGUCAGACCAAAUCGACCGGGUCAGCCGCUCGGUCUCCGCUAUCAGUGGAAGGCACGAAAACUCGCACUUGUUGUUCACAGGUACAGUAGUCACCCAUGCUGCGUGCGCCAUGGCUCGGGGCGCUCGUCCUCGCAACGAGCGGUGGGGUGUCGGUGCUCGCGGACUACCAGACACUCGAAAUCUACUCGGACGCCAACUGCAAGUCGAUCCCCUUGGUUGUCACUCUGGAGAUGAUCAAUACGACCUGUUCCAAGAGUGACACGUGCAGCGCCAUUGAAAUCAAUAAUUCGUCCUACUACUUCGCGGAACGAUGUGCCACCGACCGCUUCGAAUACACGUCAUAUCUUUUCAGUGGAGCCAAGUAUCUGAUGAUUGACGGGUUCCAGGAAGAAGGGUGCAAGUCAUACGCACGCUCCAAUGUCUUCUUGGCAGCGGGCACCUGUCAGCUCGCUUCGUACGUAGGCACACGCAGUGAAAUCGCGACGCUAUUUAACGACGGAUCAGCCUAUAUGACCAUCUACAACGACUCGGCGUGUGCCACCGAGGCGCAGACGUUCGACCUCAAAGCGUCAAUUAUUCAAGAACAUUCGUGUUACCAGGGUUUCAACAAGUUUUACACGUCGGACCAUACAGGUAUCCUCACAGGAAGCGCCAGCAGCAGCGGCUCCAAUACGACGGAAACUACGACGUCCCAUGACUCCAACAUGACUGCUGGAUCGUUGUUUGGCAUCGUCGUGGCGUGUCUGGCUAUCGUUAUCCUUCCUGCCCUACUGAUCUACUGGAAGAUGCGUCGCUCUAAGCGAAAGGAGCAGAAGCGUGGCGCCGACGCUAAUACCCGAGCACGGACGCCCGACGUCGCGCUGGCUGUUAGUGACAAGCACGAGAACGAAGAGCGAUAUGCACCCGAGAUGUCACCCAGGAGUGACCAGAGGAGCACGCUCAGCUCCCACACAGGGGGAUCUGGACAAGUACUACGUAGCAACGAGCUGAAAUGUGACCCUCUGCGCAGUGAUGAAUUGCGCGGUACUCCUCUUUAUCGUAAGGACGAACGGAAACGACGGAGUGACGAGCUGCGCAGUGGAAACAGGUUACGUAGCGACAGAUUUCGUGGCGAUUCCAUCGGUCGGAGUGGUCGUUUACAUACCGACGAGCUACGCACGACUCCCGUGCGCGGCAACCGGAUGCAGCGUGAGGAUCUGAACAAUAAUUCGAUUCAUAGUGACCCUGUACGUAGUGACCGGCUCAAGAAUGAACGUCAACGCAAGGAACGGCAGCGAAAGGAGCGACAACGCGGGGACGAACCACGCAGCGACCGUAGUGACCGGGAUCGAAUGCCUAGUGACCCGGUACGCAGCGACCGGAUGCGUAGCAUUGAAUUGCGUAGCCAUCGUACGCCUAGUGACCCAGUACGGAGUACACGACCUGACCCGAAACCACAGCCUAUUCAUGCUCAAAGACUACGCGGCCCGGUCACGGCGGACAGCGUGUGUGAAGACGACGCCAUCUUGUCUUCGCGUAUCCCACGCGACAACGUGUUCGUCGAGGACCUGAUUGGCCGUGGAGGCUACGGAGAAGUAUACAAGGGCACGUAUGAAGGAAGAGCCGUGGCCGUGAAGAUGCUCUUCCCGGAGACGCGGAAGAGCACGCGUCACGUGACGGAAUUUCUCACUGAAGUGAAGAUGAUGACGGUCAUGGAUCACCCACGCGUCGUGGAGUUUAUUGGCGUGUCCUGGAACAAUUUGAUGGACCUGUGUGUAGUCACCGAGUUCAUGGCAGGAGGCGACCUGCGCGCGUGGCUGAGCGACCGUGCAGACAACGACAGCCCCGUGGGCUUUGACUUCACUAAGGUGAAGAUCGCCACGCACGUCGUGCACGCACUCGCCUACUUGCACUCUCUGUCUCCUUCGGUGAUCCACCGAGACUUGAAGUCUAGGAAUAUUUUACUCAGUGAGAAUCAGGACGCCAAACUGGCGGACUUUGGCGCAUCUCGCGAACGGGUAGACCGUACGAUGACUGCAGGCGUCGGCACGUCGCUGUGGAUCGCGCCCGAGGUUAUGAUGGGCGAGCGAUACGACGACAAGGCGGACAUGUUCUCGUUCGGCGUGGUACUGUCCGAGUUGGACUCGCAGCAGAACCCGUACGCCCACGCGAAGGAUAAGAACCCGACUGGACGUAAAAUGCCCGAGACGGCCAUCCUUCAGCUGGUGGCUAUGGGUAAACUACGCGUAGAGUUUUCUCCCGGCGCGCUGAAGGGCGUGGUGCAGCUUGGUACAGCGUGUACCGCGAUCGACCCGACGGAGCGACCGUCAGCAGCCGAGGCGUUCCGAAAGCUCCAGACGAUUCUGGCACAAGAGGCCAAGAAAGCAGCCAACGCGAAAUGAACCUAUAAGAAGAGGAACUCUCAGUGUGAGAAUUUUGUAUCCACUUCCGCGUUAUGAAGGCUUCGACGCAGCAUAUCGAUAACACACGAACACGUUCGUAUAGUCUCGGCAGUGGGUGAUGCCGACGUCGUUCUUUAUUCGGAGCCUGCGCUGCUACUGCCAUUUCCUGUCAGGGCUGGCAUGUUAUAUACACCCCUGAAUAAACCUGAUGUAGAUGUACUCAUACGAGGAACUUGUCUUUGUUAUCUUCUUAAUCCGAGGCUGCGAAUGAAAUUUUCCAUUCGAUCCAUACACAAGAUGCACGCAGCUACGCAAAGAAUGACGUACGCUAC